AAGAAUAUUUUCUCUAAAAAUCAUUAUUUUUUAUCGCCGUUUUUGGCAAAGUUUUCCAAAAUAACAUAACAAAAAACUUUGCUGAAGACACUAGGUAGCUAUUUCUCAAUCUUACUGAGCUAUCUGAUUUUGUUCAAUGAUGUUUUAAAAAAAAAUUUUUUGCCGUUAAAAUUCAUAUUUUAUACCUACCUCUGAUAUUCUCACUGAACUUUUAAAACAACAUCAGACCUUUAUUUUUUUAUGUUACAGCAGACUUUAUUUUAUCGGAUAAUUAGGUUUCUAUCAAUUUUUCCUGCCAAAAAAUUUACUUUUGACAAGUAAUUUUAGAUUUUCUGCCGUUUCCCAACACAUCCCACGGCAAGAUUACCACCAAUUGAAUUGUCCAUGUGUUCUGCACACACGGCAGUUAAAACUUCUUGCAGAAACUUUAGUUGCGUUACAUGACGUAAGUUCAUUUAUGUCAUGUUGAUCAAUAGCAAAUCUUUGUUGGGAAAAACAUAGCAAGCUUUGCAUUUUUACGUUUUGAUGCAUAUUUUGAAGUAUUAUUAAUGCAUGUAAACAAUAACUAAUUAUUAUUGUUGCCUACUAAAGAUGAGUAUGAGCGGUGCAAAUAUUCGGGAAUAUUUGAGCUGAAAUUUGAAUUUUUAAAAACCACGUGUUUACAUGCAUCGAUUAUACUUUAAAAGAUGCAUCAAAAUCAAAAAAUCGUAGAAGUUGAUGUCAUACAACCCAUACAACGAACACGCAAAUUUUGCUCUUCUCUCCCUCGUUGUUGAUUCACGGCUGACUUUAGGUUUUAUUUUUACGUUAAGUUAAACAAAAAACCUUCAGCGUGUAUGCCAUGACAUGUUUUUGUUUAUUCAGGUUUAUUCUAGCUCAAGUAAAAAAAUAUUGCGGAAUUCUGCAAAGUUUACUAUUAUUUACACCUAUCUAUAUAAUCCGGUAAAAAUCAAAAAAGUAUUUUAGUUCGUCUUACGUGAAUUGUGCUGGCAAAAUGGAGGAAUCCACUCAGAUCAAAGUAGAAGAGCUUGUAAUACUCGACACAAAGGAUGAGAAAACUUUUUUUGCUAACAGCGAACUGUGUUCCGAUGAAACCAACGUCCUAAGGAAAGUUUCUACGGAUACUGAUCUCCUAGACCAUAUGCCCCGGCACAGUAAUGAGCGACCCUUUAAAUGCACAAUCUGUAGCAGAACGUUUAAGAAAUCGAGAGGAUUAAGGUUUCAUGAAAACAAAUACCACAAGGCCGAUCCGUACUCAAGUAAUUGGAACAGUUCGAAAUCGUGGAAGGGCAACGGGAAACGACCUUUCGCUUGUGAUAUCUGCAGCAGAACAUGCGCCACACCGGAGAGUUUGCACCACCAUAUGAGUGCUCAUACAGGAGACCGGAACUUCCAGUGUGACAUAUGCGGACGACGAUUCAGCGUUAAAAGAAAUAUAUCGACUCACAUGAGAAUACACCGCACAGAUUGCAGGCAUAAGUGCUCGGUUUGCAAUAAAAAUUUCACAAGUAAUUUCUGUCUCGCAGAUCAUAUGCGCCGUCACAGCGAUGAGCGUCCCUUCAAAUGUGACAUCUGCGACACAUUAAUCAAGAGAUCGGCAGAUUUAAUGCGUCAUAUGCAGAAUGCCCAUAAUGUCGAUCUCUUCUCAAGCAAUGCGAAGAGUUUGGAACCAAGCCAAAAUGAUAACAGCCGAAGCGAAAGUUCAGGGGAAUACAACUGCGACAUAUGCGGUAAACAGUACAAAACAAAAAAUACUCUUCGCUUACAUCAGGAACUUCAUCAGAGCACUGCAGUGAGAUCCGAACGAAAAUUUCAAUGUGAAAUCUGUAGCGAAGCAUUUUCACAACAGUCAACAUUAGCGCGACACAUUGAAGCACAUAGCACCAAGCGACACCAGUGUAAGAUCUGUGGGAAAAGAUAUGCUCGCUUACACACUCUCCUGCUGCAUAUGACUUGUCACCCAGAGAAAAUACCUUUUAAUUGUGGUAUUUGUGAUAUAUCAUGUGAGUCAGCUAAAGCUUUGAUAGAACAUAAAGCAACACACACCUCAAAGAGGCCGUAUGAAUGCAAAAUUUGUGGAGAAGGAUUUUCACUAGUUAGGCUCAGGGAGCAUUCGAUUUGCCAUACUGAAGAGCGGCCUUUUAAAUGUGAUAUUUGCGGGUCUGUAUAUAAGUCGACUGACAGUUUGAGAGCGCAUCAAAAAACGCACGCUCUUUGGAACCCAUAUAAAUGCGAUAUUUGUGAGAGGAGAUGUUCGGGUCCUGGACGACUCAAAAUGCAUAUGACUAGUCAUACUGAAGAACGACCUUUUAAUUGCGACAUUUGCGGGUCCGCAUAUAAGUCAGUUGCUAGUUUGAAAAUACAUCAGAAAACGCACGUCUCUGAGAGACCACAUAAAUGCGAAAUCUGCGGAAGAGGCUUUCUUCUUCCUUCCCAGGUAAAGCGGCACAUGCGUAGUCAUUCUGACGAACGGCCUUUCAAAUGCAACAUGUGCGACGGAUCAUAUAAGUCAGCUUUUAGGCUGAAAGCACAUAGAAAAAAACACCAUGACGAGUGUAACCCCUAAUGUUCGAUUCAGACCAUACACUCCUAAUUAAUGACCUUACAAAUUGCUUUUUUUUCACAAACGAAAAAAGUGAUAGGCGACUAGAUAGUAAUCUUUUUUAAAUAAGGAAGAAUUAUAAAUCUAGCACCCCGCUACACAAGGAUCGAGAGUGAAAUAAAACAAAACAAGGAGAUGCGUGUAUAUAUUACUGA